AUGUCUGUGAUUAUCAAUUCCAAAAUUAAUUUUCAAUCUCUAAAAUUCCCUUCCUUUCCUCGCAAUAUUCCAAUGGCCCAUCUCACAUAUUCCAAGAUUUCCAUGGCUUCCACUCUCCCCUCCAGCUCCAGGGAGGUUGGCUUGAGGAAGAAGCAAUUCGCACUUGCUCAAGAGCCACGUUGUCAAGUGACACACUCUAUGCCACCAGAAAAGCUAGAGAUAGUGAAAUCCCUGGAUGAUUGGGCUAAGAACAAUGUGUUGAUUCACCUAAAACAAGUUGAGAAAUCUUGGCAGCCACAGGAUUUUUUGCCAGACCCUACUAGGUCGGCGGACGAAUUCGCCGAGCAAGUGAAGGAACUCAGAGAGAGGGCCAAAGAGAUCCCGGAUGACUACUUUGUUGUGUUGGUUGGAGAUAUGAUCACAGAAGAAGCCCUUCCAACUUACCAAUCAGUGUUAAAUACUACUGACGGAAUUCGGGACGAAUCGUGUUCAAGCCUCAGUGCAUGGGCAAUUUGGAUUAGGGGAUGGACUGCUGAAGAGAACAGGCAUGGUGACCUCCUCAACAAGUAUCUCUAUCUCUCUGGAAGAGUUGACAUGAAGCAAAUUGAGAAAACAAUUCAUUAUCUGAUUGGGUUUGGAAUGGACAUUCAGGCAGAAAAUAAUCCCUACCUAUUGUCCAUUUAUGCCUCAUUCCAAGAGAGGGCAACCUUUAUCUCUCAUGGUAACACAGCUAGGCUUGCCAAGCAAUAUGGGGACACAAGCCUGGCUCAGAUAUGUGGUACCAUAGCCUCCGAUGAGAAGCGCCACGAAGCUGCUUACACCAAGAUAGUGGAGAAGUUCUUUGAGAUUGAUCCUGAUGGAAGUCUCGUGGCAUUUGCAGACAUGAUGAAGAAGAAGAUAACAAUGCCAGCCCACUCGAUGUACGAUGGACGUGACUUUGAUCUUUUCAGGCACUUCUCGGCUGUUGCACAGCGGCUCGGUGUGUACACUGCCAAGGACUAUGCUGAUAUAUUGGAGUGUUUGGUUGAUAGGUGGAAUGUGGAGAAGAUCAGUAGUGGACUUUCGGGGGAGGGUCGAAAGGCUCAGGAGCGAGUAAAGCUCUGA